UGGUUCAGUCAGAGAAAGGAAGGCGCUGUGAAUGAGUGGAUCUUCUUAAUAACGGUGUUUAAUGUAAUUAUUCUUUUUUAUUCGUGUUUUAAUCUCACCGCUGCUGAUUGUUUACUCCGGUGAAGAUGAGCGCCGAAGCCGCGGACCGAGAGGCUGUGAGCGGCAGCCGGCCCAGCACACCCCCACAGACGUCCUGGUUCGAGUUUCUCCUGGACCCCUCCUUACUGGAGCAGCAUUUGCAGAAAUCCAACCCAGAUCCUUCUCCAGUGCAGCUGGUCAUCCAGUUCCUGGAACAAGCCUCCAAGCCUUCUGUGAAUGAGCAGAACCUUGUCCAGCCACCUGCGGAUAACCGGAGGAACCGCACCCUGAAGCUGCUCGCUCUCAAGGUGGCUGCACACCUCAGAUGGGACCUGGACGUGCUGGAGAAAGGUUUGACCAUUCCAGUGCUGAACAUGUUACUGAACGAGCUGCUGUGUGUCAGUAAAGUCCCUCCUGGAGUGAAACAUGUGGACUUGGAUCUGUCCACCCUUCCUCCCACCACUGCCAUGGCAGUUCUGAUCUAUAACCGCUGGGCCAUCCGUACUAUAGUGCUGAGCAGCUUUCCUGAGAAACAGGCGAAACCCGGACCUCACCAGCUCAACAUGAUUAAUCUGGUUCAGCAGGAGAAGGAACUGACUGAGAACAUACUGACUGUGCUGAAGGAGCAGGCCACAGAUUCCAUAAUGGUGCUCGAGGGAGCUCUGAACAUUAAGAAGGAUUUUUACAUCCACACACUGCACACUUUGGACCUGCUGGCGGCUGAUCCCAGCACAGCCAACGGGGAGACGGAGUCCUCCACGGCCGGCCUCCGGAUUAGUGCCGACGAGCUGCACUGUCAGGUGCGUUACGAUUUAGGAGGAAUUUACUUUCAGCAGGGCUGUUCAGACCCUUCAGCUUAUGAGAAGGCCCAAGAGCACUUCCGCAAAACAAGGGAACUGCUAACAAAGCUGAGCUCGGACCCGUUACACUGUCACCUGGAUGAGAAGCGGCUGGCUGGCUACUGGAGCGCGUGCAGGGCCUUGACUGGGUCAUCAGACCCCAGCGACAGUCAGCUCACCCCCUACGGCCUCAUCAACAAUUUAAUCAAGACUCAGAACUACCAGGGUUUGAUCGAUGCCUUCAUCAAAGACAACGUCACACACAGCCUGCCAAACAAUUUCAGACACUCAGUUCAGCUGGAGCUCCUGCAUAGAGUUCAACAAGGGGACAGGGCUCUGGAGGAGGUCUGCCACAAGCUGUGCAUGUGUAAUGCGGUGCGCGAUGCUCUGGAGGGUCAGGUGCUCAGCGUUCGCUUCCAGCAGCUUCUGCUCAAGCCCAGCAAACGCACCAUCAGCUUCCUGCUGGAGGUGUGUACGAAGUCUUUAGAUAAGGAGCAUACUUCAGAGACAUCCAAAAGGAAAAUGGCUCUUUUCCUCAAGAACUUGUGUGAGAGGCUGGAGGAAGUUCCUCUGGCCUACAUGGUGUCAUCCCAUAAGCUCUUCAUGGAGCUGCUGACAGACGAGGAGAAGAAGACCCUGUUAGACCAGAUGAGGAAAAGAUCUGCAACAGUCAACCUCAGCGCCAAGCCACUCCCCUCCUUCUACGACAUCCCUGCCUCUGCCAGUGUAAAUAUCGGUCAGCUGGAGCAGCAGCUGAUUCUUUCAUUGGAUGCACGACAGAUCAGACAGAUCCUCAUUGAGCUCCACGGCAUGGCCGAGAGGUCCUUCUGGAGGGUCAACAGCAAGUGGGAAGUUCCAUCAGACUACAUAAACGUCAUACUCGCCAUUAAGGACAACCUCACACGGGACCUUGUGUACAUUCUUAUGGCGAAGGGUCUUCACUGUGUAAACAUCAAGGACUUUGUACACGGGCGGCAGCUGUUCACAGCUUGCCUGGAGCUGGUGACUGAGUUCUCCCCGAAACUGAGGCAGGUCAUGCUGAACGAGAUGCUGCUGCUGGAGGUGCGAGCCCACGAGGCCGGGGCCGCCGAGGGCAACACAGAGAGACCCCCUCCUGACCUGGUCAGCAGAGUCCGCGGCUACCUGGAGAUGAGGAUCCAUGAUAUCCCGCUCAGGCAGGUCGUCGGGGAGGAGUGUGUGGCCUUCAUGUUGAACUGGAGAGAAAAUGAAUAUCUCACACUGCAGGUGCCCACAGCGCUGGUGAAUAACAACCCUUACAUUAAGCUGGGGCAGCUGCUGGCCGCCACCUGUAAGGAGCUGCCAGGUCCUAAAGAGAGCCGGCGCGCGGCUAAAGAGCUGUGGGAGGCGGUAGUGCAGAUCUGCUCCGUGUCCAGCCAGCACAAACGGACCAACGACGGGCGGGUCAGCCUCAUCAAACAGAGAGACUCCUCGCUCGGCAUCCUGCCCAGGAGUAAAUUCAUUACGUUUGUUAAAAAGCUGAGGGAGCCUUUAGUGCUGACCACCCUCAUCUCUCUCUUUGUGAGACUGCACAGUAUCGUCCGCGAUGACAUUGUGAAUGAAGUGACUGCAGAACAUCUGUCCAUAUGGCCGUCCUCCCUGGCCAAUAUUCAGGCUGUGGAUGUGGAGGCUGUUGCAGUUACAGUGAAGGAGCUGGUCACCUACGCUCUGACCCUCAACCCCAACAACCAGUCCUGGCUCAUCACCCAAGCCGACAUUUACUUUGUAACCAACCAGUACUCUGCUGCCAUGCACUACUACCUACAGGCAGGUACGGUGUGCUCAGAUUACUUCACCAAGCCUGUACCGCCAGAUGUCUACACCGACCAGGUUCUGAAGAGAAUGAUCAAAUGCUGCUCUUUACUCAACUGUCAUACUCAGGUUGCUGUUCUUUGCCAGUUUCUGAGGGAAGUUGACUAUAUGACUGCAUUCAAAGCUCUUCAGGAGCAGACCAGCCAUGAUUCUAUGGAUUCGUUCUACGAGUACAUCUGGGAUGUGACCAUUCUGGAGUAUUUGACUCACAUCCAUCACAAACGUGGGGAGAUUGAGAAAAGGCAGGUCGCUAUCAAGGCUAUCGGACAGACGGAGCUGAACUCCAGUAACCCUGAGGAGGUCCUGCAGCUCGCUGCUCAGAAGAGGAAGAAGAAAUUUCUUCAGGCCAUGGCAAAACUUUACUUCUGAAGCAAACUCUCAGAAAACAAAAUGUACAUUUUUUAUUUUUAUUAAAACACAAAAAUAAAUACCA